GCCAGUACACGGGUAUGCAAAUGAGCACUGGCACGACAUCACCCGACACCUCGCCGGGGUCCAGAAGGUAAUAAGAAGGGCCUCCCGCCCCCCAGAGGAGAUCCUCACUGCACCGGCGCCACCCCCUCGGACAACAGACGGCACACAGACGACAUCACAAAAGGGGAAAAGAUGCCUAUACCCAAUAAAGCAGGAAGGAAAAGCGGGGCAACAGGAGAGAAGCUGCCGCCAUACGAGGCCAACAUCCCUGAACCAACCACCAGGGCAGAGUUUCUCAAAUAUUGGAUGCCGCUGUCUCUGGAUGACAAAACGGCACAGAAGCUGCUGUGGAUCUCAGAGAAUGGAGCUAAAGUGGCACGAACAUCCGAUGCAGUCUGUCCGUAUCCCAACAGACCGGAGAGAUAUGAACAUUCUCCACAGGUGCUGUGCAAAGAAGGCCUCCUGGGCUCCCGCGGCUACUGGGAGGUGGACUACGACGGCUGGGUGGUGAUCGGUGUGGUGGCGGAGAGCGCCCCCCGCAAGGAUGGCCCCUGUGGCCUGGGGGAGAACGCCAGCUCCUGGGGUGUAGGCUGGUCAGGCUCCUGCUACCAGGUGUGGCACAACAGUGAGAAUGUGGACGUCAGCCUGCCCCUGUCCCACACCCUUGGCGUGUACGUGGACCAGCCCGCUGGCAUCGUGAAGUUCCUCCUCGUGGAGGGCGAAGCCAAUAAGGAAGUGCGGCUGGUGCACAAAUUCAAGAUCAGCGUACAGGAGAAGCUCCUGCCCGCCAUGUGGGUGGGCACAAACUCCUUUUGCCUCAUUCGGAAAAAAGAUCAAUGACUUGGCUGAAGGAUGGAAGAAGGAACAAAUGGACAUUUAAUGCGAAACAAGCACUGGAGGAGUUGGAAGGCUGAAAUAGUGAGGGUGUUGAUGCCGAAUUAUUUUAUUAUACCACUGUGUAUUUUUGUUCUUUUUUAGAAAUAGGCAAAGAUGACUUGGUAUCGUGGCAUAACUACCCCAGAGCUUGUUUUGUAUCUUCCUGUGUGCCAAAUAAAGUCAAUAUCUGUGUAAAAGAAAAAAAAGAAUACUUGCUCACUCUUG